GAUAUCAGUGAGAUCUCUCAAACAGCUUCAGUGCAUCUGGGAAGAAACAUCACCUUCCAAUGCUUAAGCUUUUUGAUUCUUCUCUGAGGCUCUGUGCAGUUCCUUUAUCAGUGGCAACCAUAUGGGUUACUGUCACUAACCAGCAGGACAACAGCAGCUAUGGAAUGUUGAAAUAUUACAAAUUCUCGGCUCUCAAGUAUAUGGUUUUAGUCAGUACCCUCUGUGCAUGUUAUGCUCUAGUUGCUGCUGCUUGCUCAUGGGUCAGAUACUAUGCAUCCAAAGCUUGGAUUUUCUUUGUCUCUGAUCAGAUUAUGGCAUAUUUAACGAUCACAUCAGUUGCUGCAGUAACUGAGAUAUAUUACCUGGCUUACAAUGGUGCAAGGGAAGAUUCUUGGAGCGAAGCCUGCAGUUCCUAUGGCAGGUUUUGCGGCAAAGUGAAGUUGGCUUUGAUUUUACAUGCUAUCACAUUUUGCUGCUUCUUUGUUUUAUCCGUUAUUUCAGCUUUCAGAGCAUUUAGUGUCUUUGAUCCUCCUUAUGUCAAUUCUCUAGAGGUGCAGGGAGAUUAGAUAAUUAAUUAGGAUAUAUGAGCAAUUUAAAUUGAUGUUAGCGCAAUAAUAUAUA